CCUCCCUCACAUCUCCUGCCCACCCUUCAUCCUCAGACGGCUCGCGGGGACCUGCCAUCGCAGCCGGACCUUCCCCAUACCCUCACCAUGAAGGGCCCCCUGCUCGGAGGCAUGUUCUCCCGGCAUGUCAAGAGGCACCCCGGACUCAUUCCACUCAUUGGCUUCAUCAGUGUUGGCCUGGGCAGUGCCGUCCUGUACUUGCUAAGGCUGGCCCUGUACAGCCCGGAUGUCAGCUGGGAUCGAAAAAAUAAUCCUGAACCCUGGAAUAAGCUGAGCCCCACGGACCAGUAUAAAUUUCUGGCAGUUUCCACCGACUACAAGAGCCUCAAGAAAGACCGUCCCAGUUUCUGAGCUGACCCCAGGACGUGCUGGGGCAGGGGAGAGGGCACCCAACCCCCCAGCAGCACCGCCACUGCCCCUGCCAGCCCUCCUGGCUCUCACCUGUCCCACAGCUCUGCAAGUCACCGCACACACAGGUCUGACUGCUUCCCCAGCACACCCAAACCCUGGGGCUGUGCCCCCCCCCCCCCCCCCAAUAAACCACACCAUUUGG